AAUUUAAUCCUCACUCGAUCCCUUGAGAUACCAAAGGGAUUCAGUGAGGAUUUUAAAGACUAUAUGCAUUUCUUUUUCAUAUUAUCACCAGAUUAGUCCAUCAAGAAGUAUUCUCUUUUAAUAACAGCUUCAUUGAGAUAUAGUUCACAUACCAUCCAAUCCCCCCAUUUAAAGUGUACAAUUCAUUGGUUUUUAGUAUAUUCACGGAUCUAUGCCACCACCAUCACAAUCAAUUUUGAACAUUUUCAUCUCCUGAAAAAGAAACUCCGUGCCCUUUAGCUAUCAUCCCACAUCUCCCUCCCCCCAAAACAAAUAUUUUUUUUUUCUUCCAUCAAUGAACCUGGGUUUGCUUGAUGGGCAGAGCCAGAUAAAGCAGGCUGUACCUUGACCCAAGAAAUAAAAACUGUACUUCCUGCUUGCAAUCCUUACCCUCUAGCAGCAGUGGCCUCCUUCUCUUUUUAGACCACGAACGUACGUUUCGGGCACUCUGGGUGCCAGGCAUGAUGCUAGGUGCUUUCUUGCAACCUUCCCAACAACCCUGUCAAGUGGACAUUAGCCCCAUUUCACAAAUGAUGAAACAGAAACGCAGGGCCAUCUGGUGUCUUGCCCAAGGUCACAGCUGGAAUUAGAACCUACUUGUCCGACUCCAAAGCCCAUGAUCUUCCCACUUCAUGGAACAGUUCAGGUGCCUACUUCCCCAGCCCUUCACCUGAACCCUGUCUCUCCACAGACACCACCCUUGGCUCUCCUCCCAGCAGGUGGCGCCAGAGACCCCAGGCCGCGGGCCCUCCGGGCGCGUCGGACGCGGAGCUCAGUCGCGCAGCCCCUCUUCCUUCCGCCGGGGCGGCCCCACCGGUUCGGCUCUGCGCGCGCUGUGCGCCCUGGGCGCGUCCCGGGCCCGGAUCCGGCCGGGUGCACCGCGCCGCCCGCCCCGCCGCCGUGCGCACCAUGACGCUUCCCGGGGCCCGGGCCGGUGCCUGGGCGGCCGCGGCCAGAGCGGCCCAGAGGCGCCGCCGCGUGGAGGGCGCGGGAAGAUCGCCGCGUCCCGUGACCCGGAGCCAGCGCGCCGCACUUUACGUCCACUGGCCCUACUGCGAGAAGCGCUGCAGUUACUGCAACUUCAAUAAGUACAUCCCCCGCGGCGUGGACGAGGCUGCCGUGCGGAGCUGCCUGGUGACGGAGGCCCAGACACUGCUGCGGCUCAGCGGGGUGCAGCGGGUGGAGUCUGUGUUCUUUGGCGGAGGCACCCCGAGUCUGGCCAGUCCCCACACUGUGGCUGCUGUCCUGGAGGCAGUGGCCCAGACAGCUCACCUGCCCGCAGACUCUGAAGUCACGUUGGAGGUGAACCCCACUUCUGCCCCAGCCUCUAGGUUGGCAGCAUUUGGGGCAGCAGGAGUCAACAGGUUGUCCAUUGGCCUCCAGUCCCUGGAUGACGCUGAGCUCCAGCUGCUGGGGCGGACACACUCGGCCGGCGACGCUCUGCGGACACUGGCAGAGGCCCGGCGCCUGUUCCCCGGGCGCGUGUCCGUGGACCUGAUGCUGGGGCUGCCUGCCCAGCAGGUGGGACCCUGGCUCCGGCAGCUGGACGAACUGCUGCGCCGCUGUGAUGACCACCUCUCCCUCUACCAGCUGUCCCUGGAGCGGGGCACGGCCCUCUUCACCCGGGUGCAGCGGGGUGCCCUUCCCGCCCCGGACCCCGAGCGCGCUGCCGAGAUGUACCAGGAGGGACGGGCGCUCCUUCGGGAGGCCGGCUUCCGCCAGUACGAGGUCUCCAACUUUGCUCGGCAUGGGGCGCUUAGUACCCACAAUUGGACUUACUGGCAGGGCGGCCAGUACAUUGGCGUUGGGCCUGGGGCCCAUGGGCGAUUUGUGCCCCAGGGGGCCGGGGGCCUGGCUCGGGAGGCUCGGAUCCAGACCCUGGAGCCUGACAACUGGAUGAAGGAGGUGAAGCUGUUCGGUCACGGCACCCGGAAGCGCGUCUCCCUGGGCGAGCUGGAGCUGCUGGAGGAGGUUUUGGCGAUGGGGCUACGCACAGACGUAGGGAUCACUCACCAGCACUGGCAGCAGUUUGAGCCCCAGCUGACCCUGCGGGACGUGUUUGGAGCCAGCGAGGAGGUGAACAGGCUGCUGGAGCGGGGCUUGCUGCUGCUGGAUCACAGGGGUCUUCGGUGUUCCUGGGAAGGUCUGGCUGUGCUGGACUCGCUGCUGUUGACUCUUCUACCUCGACUCCAAGAGGCCUGGCAGCAGAAAACCCCCUCUCCUGUGCCAGGAGGGUGACGGAUGUCCCUGCAUUCCAGGACAGAGUCCUGGGUGGGCUUGGGGCUGGACUGACACAGACAUCUCAGCUCUCAUCAUUGCCCAGACCUGGCAUCCCCAGGGAACCACCUACAGAGAGAUGGAUGGGAGGACCCCUGUCGGAGGUCUGGGAACUGGCAUCCAGUGUGCCCACCGCUGCCAGGGCAGGAGUCGUGGUAUCUGCGAGUGCCUCUCACUGGUGGUCUCUAAAGUAACUCCUGGCUGUCAAGAGCUUCCGAGGGACCCAGCUCUCAGGCUUCCAGCCCCUACAAUGCAGGGCGGGACCUAGAAGGGGCUGAGCGAUGCUGGUUGACCCCUGUGUGUAUCCAGCACAGGGCCUGCCUGCUGGGCUCUGACAACAGUGGGCAAGAUCAGAGCAAGCCCUGCCCCUUCUCUUUUGGCAGCCAGGAUAUGUUUGGGGUGUCAUGAGCCUCAGAGACCUUCCUGAGUUUCCUCCCCAGUUCCCUCUCCCUGCAGCCUUUCCCUGUGAGGAAAGGGUAGGGGGGUGGGGGGAGGGCAAGCAGGGAAGAGGGAGGGAAGAAGAAUUCAGAAAAGACCCAGAGCCUGCUGGUCCUCCCCUGGCCUUUCACGUGCAGAAAUGGCCGCCUGGUUGUAUGUAAGAAGCCUGACAAGACCCUCUGGAGCCUGUCUUGACUGUGGUCUUCUCCUUUGUCUGGGCUCCUUUGUGCAGCGUGGAAUUGACUUGGGGGCUAGAGACUUAGUUUAGGCUGAGAUUUGUUCCUGUUCCCCGGCAGUUAUUUACCCAGUGACUUUAGCAUCCGUCAGGGAUCCUUGCCCACAGCCAUGAUUAGAUUGAGGGUUGCAAAAUGUUAAUUUCUGACUCUCAUCCCAUCUACAUUCAUCAACGGGCAUCCAUCCAUAUCAAAAGAGCUCCCCCCUUUUGGAGGGCUGACACUCUUAGCCUAGAGAUUGUAUGCAGGGUGUGUGUGUGUGUGUGUGUGUGUGUGUGUGUGCGCGCGCGCGCGCGCGCGCGCGUGUGAGAGAAAGGCAUUUUCCUGUGCCCAGGCUUCCUAACUUCAUAUCAAGGGGUUACUGUGAUGCCCGAAGGAAUUCAGUCCCGCCGCAAAUCGGGGCGUGCUCAGCUCAGCCUCUAGCUGGGUGACUAAGGAUGGGGUUCCCCACCCCUCCGAGGUGAGCACGUGCAUUUCCCUUGUGCCUAGUGGGUGUGAAUAUCAGUCCUUCUGUGAACCUGUGGUAAGUGUUACAACUUCUCAUUUAUUCAUGAAAUAUUCAGCAGGCACUACUGGUGUGCCAGGCACUGUGCUGGGCAUGCAGAGAGGAACAAGACCUGUCCCCGCCCGUGAGGGACUCACCACCGUGUUGACAGAUGUGUAAAGAGAUACAUUUCAGGGUUAUCAGUGAGGCUGUGCAGGUGGACUGGGGGAGCCUGCCACGAGUCUGGUUCGGAGGGGCUGGGGGCAGAAAGGGGGAUACCCUUUUCUUCCACCUCCUCUGGCCCUGGGAAGACUUGUGGGGUGACCAUGCUGCCCAGGGGAGCCUCUUCCCAAGCCUUCCCCUGAUCUUGAUAUUCAAGAAGUGAGCACGGGGCCGGAGCAGGUGCACCAUCAGAUAACCUGGGCCCACUCAGGUUUCUCCCCGUGGCCAGGCUCUGCCACCUGAGACACCCAGGCCCUCCCUGCUCACUAGGCCUGGCCAGGAGCCAGGGCCAGGUGGGGGUGGCACGGAUCAGCUUCCGUGACUCAGCCUGGCCCCACCCUCCCCGGGUGAAUCAGAAUCUCCUGGAGGUGGAGCCCAGGAAUCUAGUUUUUAAAUGCUUCCUGAAUGGCUCUAGGGAUCAGGCCCGUGUGGGGAGCCCUGCCACCUGCCUUCCAUCCUCAGAGGCCGGGGUCAGGAGGGACAUGGGGGACACGGCUACUUCCCUCUGCAUCCAGGCCUUCCAGGCCUCGUUCCUCCAGGGGGUCCUCCACAGUGAGACGUCCAUUGUCCUUUCUCACCCGCCCUCCUGAAAAGCACAGGAACACGGUUAAGAGGUGAAUGAGCUACUUUGGUGGUGAGAGGAGACGGGGAGAUGUAAUGUGUGUCAGUGUGAUGGUUACAGCUUGAAAGAGCAAACCUUCCUCAUACAAGAGCACUAACAAUUUUAGAGAUUGAACCACCCGCCCCCGACCAAGUAGUGUGCAGGAGGCAGGGCAGCUAUUAUAAUUGCCAUUUUAUUUUUAUUUAUUUUUUUAAAUAUAUUUUAUUGAUUUUUUAUGGAGAGGAAGGGAGAGGGAUAGUUAGAAAUAUCGAUGGGAGAGAAACAUCGAUCAGCUGCCUCCUGCACAUCUCCUACUGGGGAUGUGCCCGCAACCAAGGUACAUGCCCUUGAACAGAAUUGAACCUGGGACCCUUCAGUCCGCAGGCUGACGCUCUAUCCACUGAGCCAAACUGGUUCGGGCUAUAAUUGCCAUUUUAUAUUCAAAGAGGCUCUCUUACUUGACCCAAGUCAUAUAAGUAGGAAGUAGCAGACCUGGCAUAAUACUUCUGGGCAUCCAGAACUUUGUGUUACAUCAUUACCGUAUACUUAACUGUGGGUCUGGGUCUACUGACCUGUCUCUUAACACAUUGCGGACCAGUAGUUUUAUUGCUAGUUUUACCCAGUGGCCAGAUAAGUUUCUGUUGAACGAGUACAAAAAAAAACGUUUUAUGCCCUAACCGGUUUGGCUCAGUGGAUAGAGCAUCGGCCUGCAGACUGAAAGGUCCCAGAUUCGAUUCUGGUCAAGGGCAUGUACCUUGGUUGCAGUCACAUCCCUAGUUGGGGGUGUGCAGGAGGCAGCUGAUCGAUGUUUCUCUCUCAUCGAUGUUUCUAACUCUAUCCCUCUCCCUUCCUCUCUGUGAAAAAUUAAUAAAAUAUAUUAAAAAAACACACACGUUUUACGUAAAUGUUAAAGGCACACUUUAAAAUAAAUACCCAUUGCAUUUUGAAGUUAUUUAUUGCAUGUUCUUACAAGCUAAUAUCUUUGUAAAGUAUGAUACUUUGUAAAACACUGUGUAAUAUGAAGCGAGAAUUUUCGUGAUCCGCCCACAAUGUGUUAAAUUCCUGACCUGUCUCUGGUCUCUAUGCCUCAGGCUUGAAGCUGCCAUCUCAGCCUGGUGCUGGGUAGCUCAGCCUCAGUGUCUAUGUUUUCUCCCCUGAAGAGGCUUGAACAGUGAGAACCCACAUGUCCCAUCUCCAUGUGACCAUCCACUUCCUGGGACAGGACUCUAUUUUUGCAAAGAAAAAGGCUUACAUAAUACAGUUGCUAUAGACUGAAUGUCUGUGCCCCCAGAAUUCAUAUGUAGAGGCCUCAUCCCCGAGCUGAAGUAAUGGAAGGUGGAGCUUUGGCAGGCGAUUCGGUCAUGAGGAUGGAGCCCUUGUGAACGAGAUUAGUGCCCUUUAUGAAACAAGACCUCAGCUCCCUAACCUCCAGUGAUGACAUGGAGAGACGGCACCGAAUCCGCUGGUGCCUUGCUCUUGAACUUCCCAGCCUUCGAAACUGUGAGAAAUAAAUGUCUGUUGUUUAAGCC